CAGCACAAUAACGCCGCCACUCAAACCCCAUCUUAAUGUUAAACUUCUUCAUCAUGCACCAUCAACUCAAAGUAUGUUUAUAUUUUACCUGGAAGCAAAAGAGUCCGAUGGUGUAGAUGACAUAAUCCUCUUUGUUAGCUCCAGAGGCCGGCAGCACCGACGUGACGUCGUUGACCCCAAGGGAGAAGAAGAGAAUGAAGCCCAGCAGGUGACUCCAGAUAUUCACCGUCUCAUUAGACAUAAUAAAAAUACUGGGAAAAGGUGAGGGAAUAACACACAGUUCAGGUUUAUCACAUUGGCAUUUAUCGGCACAUGAUUUAAAAAUAUUUCUUGCUGAACUCCCACCUUCUCAGGCAGAGUUUGGAAGGCAGGUGGGCCCUGUAGCCGUCUGUGAUGUAGGGGUUCUCUUUCAGGAACAGGGGGAUUUGUUCGUAGGUGUACAGUCUUAUCCUCUGCUGUGCGAGCACCGGCCAGUGCUGAUAGCUGCCCAGCUCUAUGUAGUGAGCUGUCUUCAGCAGCUUCUGGGGCACUUUCAGCAGCAUCUUCAUGUAUGCUUCCCUACUGUCAGGCAAGUCGGGGAGAAAGGGGAAAGAAACCUGAUGGGAAAUACAAAUUUAUUUAGUCAUUUUCUGGGUGAUUGGAGUAGCAGCUAAGAAAGGUAACAAAACAUGAUAGAUGGAAAUGAUGCUGCUUCACCACAGUAUAAUACCUGGGAAUAUAGUUAUCUUCUCCAGUUUAUAUUCUACAAUAAUUGUGAUUAUUUUACAUAAAUAUAACAAUAUCUCAAUAUACAACAAUCUCUAAUGAUGUAUUGAAGGGACUAAGGAAACAAAUACUAGAAAACAUGGCACACAACAUUGCCAACAUAGAGCAAGUGAUGGGGUAGAUGCACCAUCAUUAGCACCUAAGCUAGCCUACCGACCGACGUGAUAUCCUUCAGAUGUUUUUUUUUCUACUCACAAGACAGACGCCACGACAGUUCAAGAAUAACAACCAGACAAACACAUGCUGUAUCAUAGUUCACUCUAAAGGCGUAUGGCUGGGCAUGUUUACAAAUCAAGCUAGUUUCAUGCGAACACCGACAGGCAUCAUUUCGGGCAGCUAAAAUGAUGUGAAAAACACACUGACCGUUAGUCCCAAUGCCACUGUCCUUGUUCGGCCAACUCAGCCAUGGCCUUGUGGCUGUACAGCUCUGGUUGUUUUAACAAAAAUUACAUGUUUGCUCAAUAACACACGCACGGCAUUCGUCAGCAACUAAUACAAAGCCGUUUUUCUUUUUUAUCGUAAACAAUGGCGCUGCGCUUUACUGCCACCUUGUGGGCAGAGUGAGUCAUUUCACAUCCUACCCUACUGGUAACAAACUGCAAGUCAUAGUUUAAAACAGUCAAAAGAUUGAUUUAUAUGUCAUUUUUGAGGGUCCAAUUGACAAAAUAGCAGUUAGUUCGUCUACAUAAUCUUAAAAAAACAGUUUAAAUGGACCCUACUGGCCUCACUACCAUAAGGCAGUGCAACCAUGUGAUUUAUCCCAGCCAAUCAUCAAAGAAAGGUAAUUAUGAUCGUGAGCAAUAUUAAAAUAUAAAAAUGUAAUUGUUUAUACAUUAAUAUAAUUAAUAUAAUAAUUCCUGGAUUAUUGGAUUACUUUGGAAUAAUAAACGUCUACUACAAUAAUUUUCUGUAUAUCCAUAUACACAUUUCAAUAAAGUAGAUUAAGUGAACAUAUACGGUAUUUCAUUAUUACGUUUGUCCAGGUUGGGUUUACUUCCAUGAGCCCUAGAUGAGGUUAAGUUUAACUGACACAAUAAAAAUGCUUGCAACCUGUUGAUAAACCAAGAUUUAAAAAAAAAAGUUUUUUGUACAAUAAUGUCACCUAUGUUUGGUGUGUACACACCAAACUGCUCCCAAUGUUCGGCCCCUUCACUGUGUGCAUGGAGGUGGUUAUGCAUACCAACUGGGGCCUUGGGUGGACAUGUUGCAUGUACAAUUAGUUGGAAGGAAAGCCAGAUAGAAAAAAGAUGGGGGGAACAUGAGGUUCAGGCCUACAGCGUGACGGUUACACCCACAAACAAAACAAGGAUCAAUAACAGACGUCUCCAAGGGGGAGCCUACAUCGGCGAAUGCUUCAGUGUUCUGACCAAAUGACAUUGGUCGGGCAGUGUAUCGGGACACUGGCAUGAGAUCUACGGAUUUGUGGAGCAGCUCACCAACAAGUUUGUCAGUCCCAGGAUGAGGGUGUCCUACAUUGUCUUCUCAGCCCAAUCCGUUGUAAUCCUGCCACUAACUGGAGACAGGUCCAAGAUUGAUGAAGGCUUGAAUAAACUGAGCCAAAUCAACCCUGCUGGUGAAACGUAUAUGCACGAAGGCUUGAGGGCGGUGUCGGAGCAGAUGAAAACACAAAUGACGCCAUCUCGCAGCAUCAUCAUCGUUCUGACCGAUGGCAAGCUGGAGGUUUACCCCUUUGAGCUGAGUGUGCAGGAGGCUGACCAAGCCAGAGGUUUUGGAGCCAGAGUGUACUGUGUCGGGGUCAUGGACUUUGACCACAAACAGCUUGCUGAAAUAGCAGAUGGCGCGGAGCAAGUCUUCCCAGUGCUGUCGGGCUUCCAUGCUCUCAAAGAUGUCGUCAGCUCUAUCCUCAGGCAGUCCUGCUCAGAAAUCUUCACAAUAGAACCAUCCAGUGUUUGUGUAAAUGAGUCUUUCAGUGUGGUGCUGAGAGGCAGCGGCUUCAGCGGCUCAAAAAGGACAGACAACAUUCUUUGCGUUCUCACAGUCAGCCAAAACACAUACAGCCAGAGGGCAACAGUAGUUGUAGACGGUCAUCUGCUGUGUCCAGCUCCUGUGCUCCAUGAGGUUGGGCAGUCAGUUGAGGUGCUGGUUAGCUUGAACGACGGCCAGUCUUAUAUCUCGGCUCCCAUUACCAUCUAUGCCACAACCUGUUCAGACGGGAGUUGGGUGUUGUGGUUGCUGUUGGCUCUUCUGAUUUUGCUGCUUCUCGGUUUCCUUUGGUGGUUCUGGCCUCUGUGCUGCACUGUGGUGAUCAGAGACCCUCCACCAGCUCGUGCGCCUCCUCGCCCUCCAGUAAUUGAGCAAGAAGAAGAUUUCUCCCCCAAACACAAGUGGCCCACAGUGGAUGCGUCAUAUUAUGGGGGCAGAGGUCCUGGUGGAAUCAAACGCAUGGAGGUCCGCUGGGGGCAGAAGGGGUCCACAGAGGAAGGCUCAAGGCUGGAGAAAGCCAAAAAUGCUGUAGUCACCAUGCCGGAUGACGCGGUGGAGCCCAUCAUACCUCGACCACCACCAAGACCUCCCCCCGUCUAUAACCCCCUCCCACAGGACAAAUGGUACACUCCCAUCAAGGGGCGUUUUGAUGCGUUGUUGGCGUUGUUGAGAAGACAAUACGACAGGGUGGCCAUCAUGAGGCCGACGCCACACGACAAGGGCCGCUGCAUCAAUUUCACCAGAGUUCACUGAGCCUGAAAGGCGGGAAAUGUAUUUCUAUGUUAGACCAACGACAGCUGACAUAUUAUCCUGUUUUGUGAUCAAAUGUAAAUAAUAGUUAUUAAACGUCUUUAUAUG